UCACCUGCGUUAAGUUACUUGUUGCCACAAAACAAAUACCUGAACGCUUUUUUGGAGGAAGAGCCAUGAUGCGCAAUUACGCAGGGGACUAAAGGAAUUUUACGACCAGCGUGUCUUUUUGUUCGCCUCCAGGGGAUUAUCUGUCCAUAGUCCAGAGUUCUCUCUUUACAGGGACGAAAUAUAUGCACGACGUCAUCAGUGCAGCUCCAACCUCUCCUCAGCUCGUAACUCUGAAGUUAACCAUUCCUCUAUGUGCACGGAACAGGAUGGGAUGCUCCACCAGUUCUCAAACUUCAGCGGUUGAUACGACUCGACCCAGUGCUAAGCCCGAGGAGAGCAACGGAGCCAGCACAACAGGAGCGGCCAAUGAAAAUGGCAAAGUAGCUGAGGACAGCGAAACUAUUCCUGACCAGACACCCCCCGGGGGCGGCGAUGCAAAGCCUGAAGAUGAACCUGCUGCAGCUGCAACAUCUGCAGACACCACAGCUGCAGCUCCACCUGCAGGGGAGGAGCCUCAACCUGCUGCAGCCAGUCCACCUGCAGAUGAAGCAGCACCAGCAGAAGCAGAAGCACCUGCAGAAGCAGCAGCACCUGCAGAAGCAGAAGCACCAGCAGAAGCACCAGCAGCAGAAGCACCAGCAGCAGAGAGCCCUGAAGACCCUGCAGCCGCAGCUCCUGAGCAAGAGAAAGUUGAGGCCACAGCAGCUGAUCCAGAGCCCAACAAGGAGGCGGCACCAGACUCCAGUGAAUGAAGUACAACAUGAACGACUGCACAGAUGAGUUUGUUGGAAAUGUCUUACCUUGUCGUUGUAUGUGCGAGUGAAAGCAUGCGUAGGUGUUUGUGUGUGAAAGACAUCGCCUUGUUGCCAAGAUGCAGACCCUGUUAUAAAAUGCUUUCAGUCAGGGUUCCUCAGCCAUCACUGAGCCUUCUUCCUCUCAUGACGGUGCAUAGCUGAAAUUUCUGCUGUCAAACUGUAUAAAGACAGAGUUCUACGGCACUUAGAGUUUAUUUUCAGAAGAUGUCAUCAGUUCAGGGUUACUUAAAUACUUAACUGUCUUUGAAAUUUCUAUUCAUUAUCUUAUAGAAGUUUAUAAUCUCAGAUUUUCUUGAUUUAACCUUUCUACAAACUUACAAUUCUAAGGAAACAAAAGCCAAAUUUGAUUUAUUAAACUAUAUUAUUUGUUUGGUAGCUGGCUUUGAUUUUACAACCAUGUUUGUCAUGAAUAUGAAGAGCUUAUACUUUGGAGGAAUGUCAAAAUUAAUAUAAGAGCACAAAUGAGAUAAAAGUACACUUGAAAACUUUUUGGGUUUGUUUCUGAUUUGUCAUGAUUUCUUACUGGAAGACGCUUUGAAAUCUGUAAUAAACUAAUCUCAAAAAA